CUUUUCCCCCUUGAACCGCACGUGACAUUUGCGGCAAUAGCUGGAAAAGUUCUGCCGUCGGGAUGGGCUGCGACUUUGACGUGGAGCCUCGAUGGAAAGAAGCAAUCCAGUGGUGGCUCGGAGUUGCGUCCACAUCCGUCCAUCUUAGGACUUGAGGACCGCUGAGUGCCGAGGGAGGCCGCCCGCCGUCGCAGGUCCAGACCACACUCGCCAUUUCCCCGCGAGGACGGAGGAGAAGCCGUCCGGGCCCAUGGCGGGUCGCAGAGACCCCCGUUUCCUGCGUAAGCUCUCCUACCACCCUCGAUGGCGGAGCAAGCCAUUAAAAGCCAGGAGGAAAAGACGUGGCACGUGGGCUCCCGGUCUCUUCAGCUCCGCGUCCACAUCGUCACGGUUAAAACCGCAGUUGCCGCUGUCCCCGGUGCGGCGUCAUCAGAGCUGUUGGGCGUGCUGGCUUUUAAUGCCCUUGCUCCUGAUCUCAUCCCUACCUUGUCAGGCCUGGGCAACCACCUUCACGGUGGCCCUGGUGGGACCCUGGACUUGUGACCACUUUUACUCCAAAGCCUUGGCCGACACGGCGGCCCGCCUGGCCACCGCGCGCAUCAACAAGGACCCCCACCUUAACAAAGGCUACUGGUACGACUACACGCUGAUCAACGAAGACUGCAAGUCAUCCCGUGCCAUGGCUCGCUUCGCCGAGCUGGAGGGAUACGGCGCGGCCUUCCUCGGGCCGGCCAACCCGGCGUACUGCUCUUCGGCCGCUUUGUACGCCAAAGAGUGGGACGUCGGAAUUCUCUCCUGGAGCUGCCUGAGAGCGAGCACGGGAGAAGGAGGGAUGUAUACCACGUUCCUGCGCCCGCAACCGUUGUCUUCACGCGUCCUCUUCACGGUGCUGCGCUACUUCCGGUGGGCCCACGUGGCCGUCGUCUCGGAGGAGGGCGACAUCUGGGAGGCCACUGGAAUGGAGCUGGCGUCCUCUCUCAGGGCCAUGGGCCUGCCCGUCAAGCCCGUGGUCACCAUGGAGGCGGGCGAGGACGGGCCGAGGAAGGCCUUGACGCGAGUGCGGGAAACCGAUCGGGUUCGAGUGAUCAUUAUGUGCAUGCCUUCGGUUCUGAUCGGCGGCCAAGCGCAGUACCGACUUCUGCUGUCGGCUUUAGCCAUGCGAAUGAUCGACCGCGGCUACGUCUUCAUCCCCUACGACACGCUGCUUUACUCUCUUCCGUACAACGACGCGUCCUACUCCGCGCUGGGCAACGACAGCAGGCUGCGGAAAGCCUACGACGGGGUGCUCACCGUCACCAUGGACUCUGGAGACCGCAACUUUUACCAGGCCUUCAAAGAGGCCCAGGACAGCUACGAAAUCCGCAGCAGCGCCGCGGCAGAGAACGUUUCUCCCUUCUUUGGCUCCAUCUACAACAUGAUGUAUUACGUCGCGAUGGCCGCCGAGCAGGCCCGCGGAAACGGCGGCCGUUGGGUGACCGGCGAGAUCCUGGGCUCCAGCGAGGGCGGCUUCGAAUUCGAGGGCUUCAACCAGCGCUUGAGGGCCGGCAGGAACGGCGAAGGCAUGCAGGCUCGCUACGUCGUGCUGGACUACAGCGGCAUGGGCAACUCUCUGUACUCCACUCACGUUCUGGAGGCCGCGCACACAGACGGCAGGAUCGGAGGCUUGAAAUAUUUGGGUCGCUCCAUCCAUUUUGCGGGCAGUACCCCGUACACGGAUUCCAGUUGUUGGUUCAGUCCUUAUUUUGCCUGCAGCGGAGGAGCGGAUUCCGCUACGAUCUUCUUGUUCUUCCUCUUCGCCGUGGCGGUUGCUGGCGCCGUCAACGUCGUCAUUCAUUUCAAGAGGAGCGGCAGAGUGGGCUUUACCUUUGGCAACGGCGGCGCCGGGUCCGCCAAAGUACUCCUGACUCUGGAUGACCUGGUUUUCAUUAACACACAAAUCAGCAAAAGGAAGCUGAAUGAUGAAAGCAUCAUGAAAAGUCAGCUGGAUAUGAAGACGCCUCAGCACUCCGUGUCCGGUCGCAGUUAUUUGGCGUCGACACCAGACAGCUCCAACGUUGCAGUAUUUGAAGGCGAUUGGGUUUGGUUGAAGAAAGGCCCCCCGGGAGCCGUAUCAAGCAUCAAUAGCAGCACAGAAUCCGUCUUCGUCAAGCUCCGAGACAUGAGGCACGAGAAUCUCAAUCUGUUCUUGGGACUGUUCUACGAUUCUGGCAUUUUCGGAGUGGUGACGGAACACUGCUCCAGAGGCAGCUUGGAGGACCUGCUCACCAACGAGGACGUCCGUCUUGACUGGAUGUUCAAGUCGUCCCUGCUGAUGGAUCUCGUUCGGGGAAUGAAGUACUUGCACAACCGAGGAAUCGUCCACGGGCGCCUCAAAUCCCGAAACUGCGUGGUGGACGGCCGCUUUGUCCUGAAGGUGACCGAUUACGGCUUCAAUGAACUUCUCAGUUCCCAGAACAUCAGCACGGAGGAAGAAAAGCCCGAGGAUCUGUUCUGGACGGCUCCUGAGCUUCUGCGCAGCGCUUCACUGAGGAGAAAGGGAACUUUCCCAGGGGACGUCUACAGCUUUUCCAUCAUCGCGCAGGAAGUCAUUUCCCGCUCUGCGCCGUUUUGCACGCUGGACAUGCCGCCCAAGGAGAUUAUCAGCAAGGUCAAAGAGCCGCCUCCUUUGUGCCGGCCCAGCGUGUCCGUGGACCAGGCCCCCCUGGACGUCAUCCAGGUCAUGAAGCAGGCCUGGAGCGAAGAACCCGACAAGAGGCCCACAUUUCACGAUGUUUUCAAACAGUUGAAAAACAUCACCAAAGGCAAGAAGACCAACAUUAUCGACUCAAUGUUGCGCAUGCUGGAGCAGUACUCCUCCAACUUGGAGGAUCUGAUCCGGGAGAGGACAGAGGAGCUGGAGGUGGAGAGACAAAAGACUGACCAACUGGUGGCUCAGAUGUUGCCCAAGUCUGUGGCCCAGGCGCUGAAGACCGGCAAGCCCGUCAAACCCGAGCACUUCAACGAGGUCACGCUCUAUUUCAGCGACAUCGUCGGCUUCACCACCAUCUCGGCUCUCAGCGAGCCCAUCGAAGUGGUCGACCUGCUGAACGACCUCUACACGCUGUUUGAUGCCAUCAUCGGGCUGCACGACGUCUACAAGGUGGAAACUAUCGGCGACGCGUACAUGGUGGCCUCUGGAGUCCCCAACAGGAACGGCAACCGUCACGCGGCCGAGAUGGCCAACAUGUCCCUUGACAUCCUCCACUGCAUCGGCACCUUCAAGAUGAGACACAUGCCCGAAUUGAAAGUCCGGAUCCGGAUCGGCUUGCACUCCGGCCCGGUGGUCGCAGGAGUCGUGGGCCUCACCAUGCCUCGGUACUGCCUCUUCGGGGACACGGUCAACACGGCGUCCCGAAUGGAGUCCACCGGCUUGCCUUACAGAAUACACGUCAACAGGACCACAGUAGACAUCCUAAACGCUUUGAAACUGGGAUACAAAAUCCAAGUUCGAGGUCUGACGGAAUUAAAGGGGAAAGGUGUGGAGAACACGUACUGGUUGGUGGGGAGGGAAGAUUUCAAGAAAGCGCUGCCCAUUCCACCGGACCUUCAAGGCGGAAGCAACCACGGCAUCGGCCUGGACGAAAUCCCCCCCGACCGAAGGCAAAAGUUUCUGGAUCGGCAGAAGAAGAUGGGCUGAGCGCGACACGCCCCGGACGAGUUCGUGGGAAACAAGCGCAAAUGGACUUGACAAA